AUGUCCCAUUCUAAUGAUACUCAAUUCCAUCCCCCAUUUUUCAUAUUACUUGGCAUUCCAGGACUGGAAAAUUUCCACAUCUGGAUUGGCUUCCCUUUUUGCAUUGUGUAUCUUAUUGCACUCUUGGGAAACAUUACCAUAUUGUUUGUGAUUCAGACUGAGAAGAUACUUCACCAGCCCAUGUUCUACUUUCUGGCAAUGUUGGCCACCAUUGAUCAAGGCCUAUCCACAGCUACCAUUCCCAAGAUGUUGGGCAUCUUUUGGUUUAGACUGAGGGAAAUUAGUUUUGGUGCUUGUCUCAUACAGAUGUUCUUUAUACAUAUGUUCACUGUGAUGGAAUCAGCUGUACUGUCAUCUAUGGCCUAUGAUCGUUAUGUGGCAAUUUGUAAUCCCUUGCAUUAUAGCACUGUCCUCACCAACAGGGUGGUAGCCUUGAUGGGCAUUGGGGUGGUGGUAAGGUCUUUCUUCACAGUGUUUCCCUUUGUGUUCCUGAUCCUUCGACUUCCUUUCUGUGGAAACCAUAUCAUUCCUCAUACCUACUGUGAACACAUGGGCAUUGCUCGACUGGCUUGUGCUAGCAUCAGAAUCAACAUGGUCUAUGGUCUAUGUGCUAUUGGGACUCUAAUAUUGGACAUUGUAGCUAUAGUUGUAUCCUAUGUACAGAUUCUCCAAGCUGUAUUUCACCUCCCCUCCCAGGAUGCCCGGCUAAAAGCCCUGAGUACCUGUGGCUCCCAUGUUUGUGUCAUCUUAGCCUUUUAUACUCCUGCCUUAUUCUCUUUUAUGACCCACCGCUUCGGCCGUAAUGUCCCACGUUACAUCCACAUCCUUCUGGCCAAUCUUUAUGUUGUUGUUCCACCCAUGCUUAACCCUGUCAUCUAUGGGGUUAGGACCAAACAGAUCCGGGAAAAGGUGUUAAAGCUAUUAAUCAAGAAAUAA